AAGUUCUACGAAGCUUUCUCUAAGAAUUUGAAGCUUGGUAUCCAUGAGGACUCUCAAAACAGAACCAAGAUCGCUGAGUUGCUCCGUUACCACUCGACCAAGAGCGGUGAUGAGUUGACCAGCCUCAAGGAUUACGUGACGAGGAUGAAGGAAGGUCAGGAGGAUAUCUUCUACAUCACCGGUGAGAGCAAGAAGGCUGUGGAGAAUUCUCCAUUCCUUGAGAGGCUCAAGAAGAAAGGGUAUGAAGUCCUUUACAUGGUUGAUGCCAUCGAUGAGUAUGCCAUUGGCCAGCUCAAGGAAUUCGAGGGAAAGAAGCUGGUCUCUGCAACCAAGGAGGGUCUGAAACUGGAAGAGUCCGAGGACGAGAAGAAGAAAAAGGAGGAGCUAAAGGAAAAGUUUGAGGGACUCUGCAAAGUGAUCAAGGACGUUCUUGGAGACAAGGUCGAGAAGGUCAUUGUCUCUGACCGU